AUGGCUGUGGCUCUAUUAGAUGACUGGUGUAAGGGGAUGGACUUGGAUCCCAAGAAGGCUGUGCUCAUUGUGGGCAUCCCUGUGCAGUGCAGUGAGGCUGAGAUCAAAGAAGCUCUGAAAGAAGGCUUACCUCCUAUGUGUGCUCACAAGGUGAUAGGCAGGAUGUUCAGGAGGGAAGACCAGGCUAAAGCAGUCUUAAUUGAACUCACUGAAGUUGUCAAUUAUAUGAUGAUGCCCACUCAUAUACCAGCAGCAGGGGGAGCCUGGGAAGUGGUAGUCAAACCCCGUAGCACAGAUGAUGAGUUUAUCAAUAAGCUGAUCUACUUUCUAAGGGAUGAAGGGCGGAGAAUGGUAGAUGUGGCCAAAGUCCUGGGGUUUAGCACUGCCCUUCCAGUGAACAUGGAGCUUAGAAAUUCAGACCAAGACAAACCGAGAAUCUUGAAGUCUCUAUGCAAUGGCAUAUGUUACCAAAAACUGAAAGCAUUUUCUGGCAGUCCCUUUCCAGGCCCAGGAGAAGAGACCUUUGAAACCUGGUUAGAGGAGGUCACUGAGAUGAUGCAGUUAUGGCAGGUGUCUGAGGAGGAGAAGAAGCGGCGCCUUCUAGAGAGCCUGAGUGGCUCUGCCCUGUCAAUCAUGGAGGCACUGUGGGCUAGCAAUGAGUCCCUAACUAUGGAGCAGUGCUUGAAAGCCCUAAAGCAGAUUUUUGGGAAUAAAGAAGAAUAUAAGAUCUUACAGUUCAGGCUCCUUCAGUGUUCUCAGAACCCUGCAGAGAAGCUAUCCGAUUACUUGCUGCGCUUAGAGCCCCUGCUCCAGAAAGCAGUGCAGCAGAGCCCCUUGUCACCACACAGUGUAGACUCCAUUCGCCUCAAGCAUCUCUUAUCGCGAGUCUCCCUGACCACUGGCCUUAGGGGAAAGCUGUCCCUCUUAGAGCAGCAAGGGUGCCCACCCACUUUUCUGGAGUUAAUGAAACUCACUCGAGAUGAAGAAGAGUGGGAGACAACCAUGGUAGUGAUGAAGGAACAGCAGAAUCUGGCAGAAAGGGAAAACAGGGCCUGUGGGGCCGCAGCAGAUCAGGUUACCACCCAGGCAGGUUUUUUUAAGGAGAUCAGCACCCAGACCAUAGGAGAGGAAGUCACACCAGUGAAACGGAAGAGACUGCUUUGGAGACACAAUGCUGGGGAAGAGGGACCUAUGAAGGAAUCAGGGUUCAGGGCUGAAAAUGAACCUGAUGAGCAGAAACCCCAUGUUGCAGCACAGGAGUCGGGAAACGACAGAGGGGCUGGGGCUAUGAGCCACCCCAACCCCAGAGGAAUAUAGGCUCAAGACCUCCAGGAAUUCCUUCCUGUAGCAGGCAAAUUAGGGGACAUGAGUGGUGCAGAAGGGCAGGACAGCCAGGGCCACAGUAAGGAACCCCACUUGCCACUAGCCAGAAAUAAUUCCAACAAGCAAAAACAAGUUCCUAGCUCAGUGGCUACCAUGUUCCAGGCCAAUGGGCAGUACCAGAGAAAGGAAUGGGGGGCUACUAUAGCCAAAUUACAGGGUGAUCCAGACUCCAGCUGGGACACUAGUGAGUCAGAUGAUGAAGAAGAUAAAGGAGCCUCUGAGCUAAGCAUAUCCACUGGCACUGAAGCAGCACAGGGCAUGGAGGAACUGGUCACAGGGUCACCUUGGCCAGAGAGAAGCAAUGCCCAGGGGAAAAUGCAGAAAGGCAGGAAGACAGUGCUCCGGAGAGGAGGCCGCAGGGUGCAGCCCGUCUUCAGGAUCGUCUACACUGCUCUAGGGGAGCCCCACGAGGGCAGCACCCUUGAGUCGUUUCGUGAGUGA